AACAACCUGGAGAUUUUAAUGUCGACGAAAUCCGCGUUUCAGCUCACCUUUAACCUGUGUCAAUGAAUCCUCUCUUACAUCCGGAAAACCUGACCAUGCUCACAUCUACCAACGAGGAGAAAAUCCGACACAUCUGACGUGGACAGAUUUAUAGGUUUAGUCGGGAAUUGCUUUCUCCACUCUCUGCUUAUCGACCCUGCAGAAUCUGUGGUUGGGUGUAAAGCAUUAUCCACGGUCUAACGCUAAACAUGCCUAGAUAGCCUCCGCGAGAGCAGCGGAGAUUGUUAUCAAUGUAGUCUUCAUUGAAGCGUCAGUAAAGAACCAUUCAGUCUCGCCGCAGACGCAGUUGGGACAUCAUGCACACGGACGUUCUACUCUUGCUUCAUAUCUUACUCCUUGUUUGGAUGGUAGGUGCGUCUGAAAGAAGGACUCGUUCUAGAUGCCAAACCCUUCAGACCCACAGUCAAGUCAGAUCCAAAAGAGAAGUAGGGAUUCCGUUGACAGUUGGACGGCAGAAAAUUGGCAGUCCGAUUUUUAAAAGGAGUCCUGACAUGACGAAGUCCUUCGUGACAAAGUCAGAGCAGCUCCUAAGGAUAGACGACCACGACUUCACGAUGAGACCUGGCUUUGGAGGACCUGCUGUUCCAGUUGGCGUUGAUGUCCAGGUUGAAAGUCUAGACACAAUUUCAGAAGUGGACAUGGACUUCACCAUGACCCUGUAUCUGAGACACUACUGGAAGGAUGAGCGUUUGGCCUUUCCAAGCAACAACAACCAGAGCAUGACCUUCGACGGGCGCUUGGUGAAGAAGAUCUGGGUACCAGACAUGUUCUUCGUCCACUCCAAAAGGUCCUUCACUCACGACACCACCACCGAUAAUGUGAUGCUACGUGUCUACCCAGAUGGCAAGGUUCUCUACAGCCUGAGAGUCACAGUCACUGCCAUGUGCAGCAUGGAUUUGAGUCGCUUCCCUUUGGACACACAGACCUGCUCCCUGGAGAUCGAGAGCUACGCGUACACAGACGAUGACCUGAUGCUCUACUGGAAGAAAGGGAACGAGUCCUUGAACACAGAUGAGAAGAUCUCCCUCUCCCAGUUCCUCAUCCAGGAGUUCCACACCACCACCAAGCUGGCUUUCUACAGCAGCACCGGCUGGUACAACCGUCUGUACAUCAACUUCACCCUGCGGCGCCACAUCUUCUUCUUCCUGCUCCAGACCUACUUUCCUGCCACCCUGAUGGUCAUGCUGUCCUGGGUGUCUUUCUGGAUCGAUAGACGGGCUGUACCUGCCAGAGUCCCUCUGGGUAUCACCACGGUGCUCACCAUGUCCACCAUCAUCACUGGAGUGAACGCGUCCAUGCCCAGAGUCUCCUACAUCAAAGCUGUGGACAUUUACCUCUGGGUCAGUUUUGUGUUUGUCUUCCUGUCGGUGAUAGAGUACGCAGCUGUGAACUACCUGUCCACAGUCCAGGAGCGGAAGGAGAGGAAGCUGCGAGAAACGCUGCCUUGCACCUGCGGCAUGACCCAUCCUGACAUGUUGUGCAGCUACAGCGAGGUGGACGUCAACAAUACCGGGAACUACGGCAUGCCGGAGCAGAACGGCGUGAAGAGGGAGAGGAUGCUGGUGCAGCUGGCGUUGGAAAGCGACCAGAUCACCGGGCACGUCAGCUCCUCUCCCUACAACAGCAUGUGGAUCGACACUCACGCCAUAGACAAAUACUCACGCGUCAUCUUUCCUGGAGCUUACACACUCUUCAACGUCAUCUACUGGUCCAUUUACUCCUAACUCCCAAGACGGAGGAAGUUGUGCUGGACGAUAUCCACUAGUUGAUGACACAGAAGAACGUCAGGGCCUGGCUUGUGUAGGUGGUUGCGGGUUGUGGAGGGCAUUCCACGCGCAGCCACCAAAGCACUCAGAAAUCGUGUCAUUAUGUACAUUAACAAUCCAAAUGUGUGUUUUCUAACAAUAUAGAAAAUGAUACUGAAUUGAGGUUUGUGGAUCUGUUUGAGGGAACCAGCUGUUCUGGGUGAGUGUUGCAGUAGUACAACAAGGCCAUAAAACCUUUACAAAACUGGUAUAAAUGUUUGGCAUCAUACCACAGGGCUAUAAUAUCAACUCAUACACAGUUUUGGUUCAUAUAUUUGACUCUUAUUAGAGGAUAUAUUUUUGAUACAAAGUAUCUGUAGGUCAUUAAAUCAUCUGGCAUUCUUCUUUUGUAAAUACGUACAGUAUAGGUGCUAGAAACAUCUAAAAGCAUAUAAAAUUAAGCUAUACCAAAUACUUUCUGUAAUAAUAAGUUCAUUAUUGUUUGGAUAAUUGUGUUAUUGUGGGCAUAUUGUGUUGUUGUGCAUUUAUUUUUUAUAAAUAAUUUAUGAUAACAUAAUAAGAUAUGUCUAUACAUUCAAGUCAACUAGUACAUUAAUGACAGACUUAAGUCUGCAUUAUGUAGUGUGCCAGCUAAGAAGUUUACAGUACAUUUUGUUCAGAUGCAAUGUAAUCAGUGUGCAAAAUGUGAUUUAAGUGUGUAAAAAUCCUAAAAUGCGUGAAUUUUGCUAUUAUUAUUAUUUUUCUCCAUUUAUAUUUUUUGGGGGAAAAAGAUUGAACACUGGGUUCCACCACCUGUGUGGGAAACGUAAGAGACAUUAUUAGAAUGCAUUUAAAUAUCUUUUUUUGAUUACCCUACUCUUGCACUUCUCAAUUAACCUUUCCUUCAUCUCCUAAGAAAUCCUCUUCUUAGGAUAUAAUCAGGAUUUUUUAUUAUUCCAUAUGUUGCUCUGUACCUCGGAUAUAUAUAUAUUUUAAUAAAAUAAAUGUUUUCUUCUCAAA